AUGGCGGCCACCGUCGCCGUGGCCGCCUACGGCAGCGGCGCCACCUGCAGGUGCGUCUUGACCACCACGGCUGGGUACAGCGCCGCGGACACGCCCGAGAAGAGCGCCGCGCCGAGGACGAAGAACCGCGACUUGUCAAGCAUCUCCCAGUUCACCUCGGCCGGCAGCCGCCGGAUUUCCUCUGCCGCCGUGGAUCUCCUCUGCCACAGCACCGAAUUUGUUUCAUCCAGUGCUCCUUCCUUCCAAUUGAGCGGGGCAGGGGAGGGGAAGAAGAUGAGUAUCCAUGUCACGAUAGUCACAAUUGGCAACAUACCGUAUGAUGCGACGGAGGAGCAGCUUGUGCAGAUUUGCGAAGAAGUCGGCCCAGUCGUAUCCUUCAGAUUGGUGAUUGACAAAGAGACUGGCAAGCCAAAAGGCUAUGGCUUUUGCGAGUACAAGGAUGAGGAAACUGCUCUAAGUGCACGCCGGAACCUUCAGGGUUACGAGAUUAAUGGUCGUCAGUUACGUGUUGAUUUUGCUGAAAAUGGGAGGAACACUGACAGAAAUAGAGAAAAGGGUCGUGGAGGACCAGGGAUGGCAUCUAAUGUUGAUAGUCAGAAACAGUUAGCUGGGACUUCUGUUGUUGGAGAGACAAACCUUCAUCAGCCUGUUGGUCUCCCACCGGCGAUACAUGCUGCAUCUGUGAUGGCUGGUGUCCUUGGUGGAGCUCAGACUGCAAAUGUUCAAAACGGUUUACCUGUCCAGUAUGGACUUGGAAAUGACCCUCUUACUCAUUAUUUGGCCAGAAUGUCAAGGCAUCAGUUGCAUGAAAUCAUGGCUGAAUUGAAGUUCCUAACUACUCAAAAUAAGGAACAUUCCAAAACUUUGCUGCAAGGAAUUCCACAGCUGCCAAAGGCCCUAUUUCAGGCACAAAUAAUGCUUGGAAUGGUAACACCACAGAUGAUGCAGAUGGCAAAGAGCCAACAGCCGUUGGGCUCCUUAGCACAAUCUUCAUCUCACCUCAAUGAGCCAUAUCCACAGCCAGAUCCUAUGAUUCCAGUAGUCUCAAGGCCAUCAAGUUUGCCAACUAACAUACCACCAAACCCAACUAUCCUACCGGAACAAACAGCAACACGACAUAGUUUUCCUCAGCAUCAACAUGCAUCUCAGCCCCAAGUCAAAAUGUUUCCACAUGGACAACAGUCUGGGAUCGCCGCACAAUCUCCAAUGCUACAUCAGCCCCUUGGUGGUUCUUCCAGUGUUCCUACUCAAUCUCUUGUGGCCUCAGUAGGCUUAAUCUCUCAAGUUCAGCCUCCAUUUGUGCCACAGCACCCGGGACCACCUGUCAUGCCUACAAGUGUACAACAGCUACCUUUGACCCACCCUCAUCUAGCUCAGGUAGCUGCUGCAACUGAGACUCUACCAAAUGAAAUAAGGGUUGCUGAUCAAGCAAGUCAUUUGACAGAGUUUACCCAUCCUUCAAAAUUGAGAAAAUUGGAGGAUGGAACCUCGGUACCUGGAAUUGUGAACAGCAGCCAUGCUGUUUAUACAGCUCCACUGCAAGCAGUGGGCCCUAGUGGACCAUCAGGGGGCUAUGGUGCUGGUGUAGUUAGCUUACAGCAGCCAGGGAAUGAAGGGCAGCUUACGCCUGAUGUCGAGUCAGCUCUUCUGCAGCAAGUCUUGCAGCUGACACCUGAGCAGUUGAGUUCGUUGCCACCAGAGCAACAGCAACAGGUGAUUGAACUCCAGAAGAUGCUUUCAGCUGGUAAAUAG